UAUUAUGAAAUAACAAAAUUAUAUCAAGAUANAAAAAAUAAAAUAUUGUUAAAAUCAUAUAAUAAUGUUUGAGAAGAAAAAGAGAUUGAUAAGAAAUCAAUAUAAGAAAUAUUGGAGCUUAAUAAAUAAGAGGAAAUCGAGGAAAAAUUUGGAUAGCUUGAUAAUUUGAGU